UUGUUUAUUUAUAAAAUAAUAUUUGUGUGUAUAUAUUAUGUUUCAUAAUAAAAGUUUGAGUCAGUUUAAUUCUGAUAAUAGUUUAAAUGAAAUCUAAAUAAUAUUUUAAAUGAAGUAUUAUUAUAAUAUUUGGAAAAUUAUUUGAUUUAUUCAUCAAAAAAUUAAACAAAUUCAUUUGUCAAAUCUACUACAACUGAAGAUAAUACACUACAAAAAUGGACGCUCUUAUGGAUAAUAAAAAAUUAACAUGCCGUGGAUGCCACAAUUAUUUAGAACCACCUUUGCAAGUUUGUUCAAACGAUUACGCACAUCUAUUUUGUGGAGAAUGCAAGGGAAAAUAUGAUGAAUGUGUCAUUUGCAAUGGAAAAGUAUCAGACCUUAGUGGGCGUAUUGAAGAGACAUUUUUAGCACAAAAAUAUCCAUGUAAAUAUCACAUUCGUGGUUGUAAUACCAUGGUAGCUUUACAUGAAAAAAGCGAUCAUGAGUACGAAUGUAAUUUUAAGAUAUUUAAAUGUGAAUAUGGACGUUUUUGCCCAAAGCCAUGUGAAUGGGAGGGACCAUAUUCAGAAAUUCAAACCCAUUUUCGCUCCCAACAUGUGAAAUUUCCAUUUAGUAAAACUCCACCAUUAUCAGUAAAAAUGCGCAUUCCGGGAGGAUCAUUUAGUUUUAUUCAAAUGAUUAAAGCGUACAAUGAAUUAUUUUGGUUCAAAUAUCGUAUCGAUAGUGAAAAACAAAAAGUGUUUUUCGUAUUUCAAUUAAUAGGCACCAAAAAACAAGCAUCCGAAUUUUUAUAUGAACUAGAAAUAAUAUCGUUGAUCGAUGCGAACAAUGCAAUCCAUUUCACUGAGAAAUGUUAUAGUGUUUCUGAAAAUAUUUCAAAUAUUUUCGAAUCAGAACAAUGUGCAGUUACAUCUUUUUCAAAAAUUAAAAAUUUUAUCGUCGAUAAUAGGCUUACUUUUAAUUAUAAUAUAAAAAAAAUAAAAAAGUUUGUGAAAAAUGCUAAUCUGUCUACAAAUACUGAAGAAGAUCAAAAACAAGAUAAAAGUAAAAAAAAUCAUAAUCCAAGACAUAACCAAAGAAGAAAUCGUGGAAGAAAAGGUAAUUCGAAGUCAAGAGAUCAUUCAGCAGGCAGCAAUGUUUCAAAAAAAGGACAAAACGAAUUUGAAAUAAUUGAUUUUAAAGAUUUUGAUAAACAUAUACCGCCACCAAAUAUCAUGGAAAAUAAAAAUCGGUCUAAUAAUUUUCAAUCAGUUUUUAUUGAUCAAUCAUCACAAGCAGUCGGAACUUUGGAACCACCUGCUUAUCAAGAAAUUGAUCCUAUGAACUCAAAAACUUGUCAAAAAAAACCGAAUCAAGUAAAUCCACCUAACAAUUUACAACUGCCUGGCCAAAAAGCCAAAGUAAAUGGCCAAGAAGCCAGCACAACUUUUUGUGGUGGUAUUACAGAGACGGUUAAUUCGCACGGAAGACCGAAUAACCGCAACCAAAAUCCAAUAAACAAUACAACCACCUUUACGCAACCUCUUGUUUAUGAAAAUAAAAGGGUUAAAUCUACAGAAAACAACCAAGCUCCAUUAUUUCAAGCAUCGUCGACAUCAGCAAGGCAAUCAAAUUACAGUAACUCUAAUGUUAAUCAUUUGAAAAAUGUACAACAUCCUCUUUAUCAAAGUAAGGUAGCUAUACCAAUAGGUCACAAUCAAGAUCCGUUAUCUCAAGGGUCAUCGACAUCAAUCAGGCAACCAAAUUACAGUAACUACAAUCUGAAUCAACCAAACAAAGUACAGCCUCCUGUUAAUCAAAAUAGGCCAGCUACACCAAUAAAACACAACCAAGCUCCGUUGUCUCAAGCGUCAUCGACAUCAACAAGGCAACCAAAUUACAGUAACUACAAUCUGAAUCAACCAAACAAAGUACAGCCUCCUGUUAAUCAAAAUAGGCCAGCUACACCAACAGAACACAACCAAGCUCCGUUGUCUCAAGCGUCAUCGGCAUCAACAAGGCAACCAAAUUACAGCAACUAUAAUGAUAAUCAAUAUCCGCAAUAUCGAGCAUCAAGAGAAAGAAAACAAAAAAAAGAAGAUAAUUGUACUAUCAGUUAAACAAACGUAAUCAUUUUUCCAUGACAAUAAAACAUGUCAAAACGUAUCUAUAAACUACACGCUAAUAAUAUUCCAAUAACCGAAGAGAAAAAAAAGACGGGAUGUCUAAAUUUAGACUUAUAGGACCGAUUUCGAUGACAAUUUUGGGAUUAAGCUUUGUUCACCCUCUAGAUCAAAAGUCAUAUGGUCUCUAGUGGAGCUUUUUAAAUGAAGCUUAAUUUUUUCUCUGUAUUUUUUCGAGUUAUAUAACAAU